AUGAAACCCUUCAAACGAGGUAGGCAUACAUUUAUGGGAAUUUAGUCUUUAUUUUUUUAUUGGCAGGCAUUAAUUAUCACCCUGACAGUUUGCCCGGCUGUUGGGUUUAAAUGGAAUGCGGCUUUUUGUAGCAAACAAAUGCAGCGUGUGUUUGAAUUUGGAGGAACAGCGAACCAGCUAAGUUAUGUUUGGAAGCAAGCAUGGUGUCCAUCUGGCGGAGCUACAGAACAAUCCUGCAUGCGCGAGGGCGUGCGUUCAGCGGGUUCUUUGUACGUUUGCUACACGAUGGGAAGAUGGCUAGCCAACUUAGUUAACGUUUUCUUUCCUGAUUUUUCGAGCUUUUACCAAAUGUUCUCAUGUUAAAUCUUAUUGAUAUAUUUUUGGAUUUGGCAAAUUGAUAGCAUUCAGGUAGCUAUUGGAUUUAAUUGCAACAGUAAUCUUAACCCCACGAAAUACUAGAUUGAAUGGAACAAGACAGAAUUCCAAGAACUUGCUUUAUUGUUUGUUAGCUAGCCUGCUAACUUUAGCCUAAAACUAGCUAGCUUAGUUCGCCUUGAAGAUGUUAGUAAAUUUAACCAAAACUCAACUUCUGCACGCCUUUGAAGUUUGUCAACGUAUUUUGAAUAGAUAGCUAACUUCGUAUAAAAAAAAGACUGCCUUUUUGUUUUGUAAACACUUUUUUUUGGGGGGGGGGGGGGGGGGGUUUGACAGGAACAGCGUGUGACGUACUGUAGCUAGCAAGCAAAGUACAAUUUAACUCCACGAUGUAGCUACCAUAAAUAUAAAGCAGUGUUCUAGUUAUAUCGCUACUCCGCAUCAACGGAGACGAGUGGGCGGAGUGUACCUCUACUAGUGAGGCGCGAGUUGACUCGUAACCCGCGGGGCGGGUGGGUUUAGGGUCAUGAAAUAUUUUGUUGAUGGAUGGGUUGAAUAAAGAGAGAACAGUACCUUCAAUUAAUUAAUGUACCAUUCUUGUGCAUUUUAUAUAUGUAUAUGCUACAUUGAGGUUUUUCUUUAGUUAUUUUAGACUAUCUGGAAUUAGUGAGUAAGCUUUAGGGCCUGACUGUACUCGCGUCAAAUAGCCUACAAGACAAUCGCCAAAUUAUUUUCGGAACUGGCAGAAAAAGUUAAUGUUGAUCCAAGGCAAAAAGGACAAUGUCGGAGUUUAAUUCAAUAAGAGAAAAGCUGCGAAAUGCAGAGUUGAAAAAGGGCCAGAAAAGUAAUGUUUGGGAAAGAUUUGGUGAAGUGGUAAAAGAGGAGGAUGGCAGUGUGAUGAUUGUGAGGCGCUAUACAAAUUUGACAGUAGCAAGAAGGGUACUUCAAAUAGACUUGUGGCACAUCAAGGGAACUGAACACUAUACUGUUCAGAUGGGUUAAAUAGAAAUCUGGACACUGACUUUAGGUAUAUAACCUCUCAUAGCCUUAAUAUGAACUCCUGCAGAAUCCAGCAAUUCUUGCAGUAAAACAAUACACCAAAUGUAGGCUACAUUUUUACUCUGAAACAUGAGUAGAGAAAUAGGAUUUAUUUAUUUCAGCAUCUUGAGAGAAUGCGAAUGCGCAGUUGGAGGUGCUGUCUUUAUCAGCAUCAUAAAAGCUGACAGUAUUUCAACCACAAAAUAUACAUCCAAGCUAAACUGAAAUCUUAUCAGAAACGUGCUGGGUCAUUUUCACAGCUUUCUACUGGUCAAACUGAUGUCAUUUGGAAAUUUGGCACAAAAUGUUUCCCGUAAAAAAAUAAUUUAAAAAAAGCGAUUUGCAUUUUCUCCCCGGUCUCUAAAUGUCUUUGCACCACUUUACAGACGUCAUCUAGAUUGAAGCAUUCAUUAUAUAAUUUGACAUUAUUCUGGUAAGCAUAGGUUUAUUUAGUCUUCUAGGGAAACGUAUGACCGAAGAGAAGCGGCAUGAAUCUAAUUAUAGACAAGCUGACUACCAAAAUGUCGGAAAUUAGAAGCAGAAACAUAUCUUAAUCAGGCAAAAAAUAAUUUUACACUUUCUACAUUAGCGGCUUAGGAUCGGGUCUCAGAUUUUACAUUUACAUUUACAUUUUAGUCAUUUAGCAGACGCUCUUAACCAGAGCGACUUACAGGAGCAAUUAGGGUUAAGUGCCUUGCUCAAGGGCACAUUAACGUCAUUUAGCAGACGCUCUUAGCCAGAGCGACUCACAAAUUGGUGCGUUCACCCUAUAGCCAGUGGGAUAACCACUUUACAAUUUGGGGGGGGGGGGUUAGAAGGAAUACUUUAGCCUAUCCCAGGUAUUCCUUAAAGAGGUGGGGUUUCAAAUGUCUCCGGAAGGUGGUGAGUGACUCCGCUGUCCUGGCGUCGUGAGGGAGCUUGUUCCACCAUUGGGGUGCCAGAGCAGCGAACAGUUUUGACUGGGCUGAGCGGGAGCUGUGCUUCCGCAGAGGAAGGGGAGCCAGCAGGCCAGAGGUGGAUGAACGCAAUGUCCUCGUUUGGGUGUAGGGACUGAUCAGAGCCUGAAGGUACAGGGGUGCCGUUCCCCUCACUGCUCCAAAGGCAAGCACCAUGGUCUUGUAGCGGAUGCGAGCUUCAAUUGGAAGCCAGUGGAGUGUGCGGAGGAGGUGGGUGACGUGAGAGAACUUGGGAAGGUUGAACACCAGACGGGCUGCGGCAUUCUGGAUGAGUUGUAGGGGUUUAAUGGCACAGGCAGGGAGCCCAGCCAACAGCGAGUUGCAGUAGUCCAGACGGGAGAUGACAAGUGCCUGGACCAGGACCUGCGCCGCUUCCUGUGUAAGGCAGGGUCGCACUCUCCGAAUGUUGUAGAGCAUGAACCUGCAGGAGCGGGUCACCGCCUUGAUGUUGGCGGAGAACGACAGGGUGUUGUCCAGGGUCACGCCUAGGCUCUUCGCACUCUGGGAGGAGGACACAGCGGAGUUGUCUACCGUGAUGGCGAGAUCAUGGAACGGGCAGUCCUUCCCCGGGAGGAAGAGCAGCUCCGUCUUGCCAGGGUUCAGCUUGAGGUGGUGAUCCGUCAUCCAUACUGAUAUGUCUGCCAGACAUGCAGAGAUGCGAUUCGCCACCUGGUUAUCAGAAGGGGGAAAGGAGAAGAUUAGUUGUGUAUCGUCAGCGUAGCAAUGAUAGGAAAGGCCAUGUGAGGAUAUGACAGAGCCAAGUGACUUGGUGUAUAGGGAGAAAAGGAGAGGGCCCAAAACCGAUCCCUGGGGGACACCAGUGGUGAGAGCACGUGGUGCGGAGACAGCUUCCCGCCACGCCACUUGGUAGGAGCGACCGGUCAGGUAGGACGCAAUCCAGGAGUGAGCCGCGCCGGAGAUGCCCAUUUCGGAGAGGGUGGAGAGGAGGAUCUGAUGGUUCACAGUAUCAAAGGCAGCAGACAGGUCUAGAAGGACAAGAGCAGAGGAGAGAGAGUUAGCUUUAGCAGUGCGGAGAGUCUCUGUGACACAGAGAAGAGCAGUCUCAGUUGAAUGACCAGUCCUGAAACCUGAUUGGUUUGGAUCAAGAAGGUCAUUCUGAGAGAGAUAGCAAGAGAGUUGGCUAAAGACGGCACGCUCAAUAGUUUUGGAAAGAAAAGAAAGAAGGGAUACUGGUCUGUAGUUGUUGACAUCAGUGGGGUCGAGUGUUGGUUUUUUGAGAAGGGGAGUAACUCUCGCUCUCUUGAAGACGGAAGGGACAUGGCCAGCGGUCAAGGAUGAGUUGAUCAGCGAGGUGAGGUAGGGGAGAAGGUCACCGGAGAUGGUCUGGAGAAGGGAGGAGGGGAUGGGGUCAAGCGGGCAGGUUGUUGGGCGGCCUGCAGUCACAAGUCGCAGGAUCUUAUCUGGAGAGAGAGGGGAGAAAGAAGUCAAAGCAUAGGGUAGGGCAGUGUGAGCAGGACCAGCAGUGUCAUUAGACUUAACAAACAAGGAUCGGAUGUCGUCAACCUUCUUUUCAAAGUGGUUGAAAAGAAGGUUGACUCACAGCAGGUAACUGUGAGUCAUUUUGCUUGCCGAACAAGCCCAGGCAAUAUUGGUUGUCCAAAUGCGCACUGUUCCCAGCUUCGUGCACUGACCACCACGAUGUAGGCUGCCUGUGGUGGAUAUUAUAAAAUAAGGAUCUGCUGGAGUCCAAGUCAAACCAAGAUUAUUUAUUUUCUGAACUCAGAGAGAAUAAGAGUUACACAGCGCACUGUAGACAGUCUGAAUUCUGAAACAUUUGGUGAUGAGCACAUAUCUUUAUAGUUUCCUGUUUUCUCUUUAUCGCAUAUAGUCGGGUGGUUGUGGAUGGGUUAUUAGCAAUUGUUUGAGUGUGGACAAACAGCUGACCCGCGCUCCACUAGCUCCGACUAAUGGUAGCUAACUCAGUUCCGUACAUAUGUGGGCAACCGCGGCAUUCAAACAAGGCUGCAAUGAAAACUAAUGGGGCUGUAGCGACUGUGUUGGCAUCAAAAUCUGGGGUGUGAACUAAGUUUCGAUUCAGCCUUGAUUGACAUGGUAAUAGACUAAUAGUAUUGGAGAAAAGUUGAAAUAACUGACUUCGCUGUACGUUAAAGUGUGACAUGUCACGAUGUAACGUACAGCACGCAUUAUUCAGUCAUUCUGUGCCGUACAUCCUCUUUCCAGCAGGUGUAGCGCUUCUCUCGCAGAUUAAAAACAAGACAUGAUCAAUGGUGAGUGUAAAGUUAAUUACUCGUGAGUUCAUCAAUAGCUAAUUCAAUCAAUUGUUAAUUUUUCGCAUAAUCAUUACACUCAAACCGUGACACCCACAGUUUCAUUGUGAAAAAUUUAGCGCUGCCCUAAAAACCCUAUUCAAAUUCGACACAAACCUUAAAAUAGGUAUGUAAUGAGACAUUAUAUAUAAACUCUUUAUAAUGUUUUAUUUACAUUUUAGAGGCGAUACGUUGGACAGCUUUCGCUUCCCCACCCGCCAUUUUAAAAAGACCCGGCGGAGCACCAUUGCUUUCUUCGAUCAUGCAGAGACUAGCAGCAGGAAGGUCUCGUCAUUAACUUUGCUGGAAGGGGAGAAAUUGUGCUUUACAGUGGUAUUCAUAUUACAUUUGACCUGGAAGUAUUACGUUUUUGGGGCACUUAAAUAAGGUCAAAUGUACAGAACAGAGCGUUGUACAAAAGUGCGUUAGCUACCGUUACACCGAGUCGCUGUAUUUGAUUUAUGUUUUAUUAAAAAGGAUGAAUUUCAGCAAACAAAGGCACGUCUUCUGAAAAUACCUCGUCUUAUUGGACAACUGAUGCGUCCUCCUUCAGAGGAAGAUGGGGAGGAAGAAGAUGAUGAUGAAAAAAUGUAUGCACUCACUAACUGUAAGUCGCUCUGGAUAAGAGCGUCUGCUAAAUGACUAAAAUGUAAAUGUGUCAAACUCAGCAGGUAACUGUGAGUCAUUUUGCUUGCCGAACAAGCCCAGGCAAUAUUGGUUGUCCAAAUGCGCACUGUUCCCAGCUUCGUGCACUGACCACCACGAUGUAGGCUGCCUGUGGUGGAUAUUAUAAAAUAAGGAUCUGCUGGAGUCCAAGUCAAACCAAGAUUAUUUAUUUUCUGAACUCAGAGAGAAUAAGAGUUACACAGCGCACUGUAGACAGUCUGAAUUCUGAAACAUUUGGUGAUGAGCACAUAUCUUUAUAGUUUCCUGUUCUUCGGCGGGACUUUGUCUAUACAAGGACGCAGGUGCAAGCUGGUUUGCUGCACAGGAUGAUACUCCCAAGAACAUAAGAUUAUAAUAGGACCGUUUUACAAGGUUAGUCACAUACUCAGAUAUGUGGUCACACAACAAAAUGUCCCAUUACAACACACGCAUAGUACAUACUGUACAUCAUAAGCAUAAUUUACACACACACACACAGUCAGGUCAGACAGAUCCAGCUCUUGAGCUCCAUCAGCAGGGGAUUUUCAUUUAGAAUACGUUUAUGCAACAAACGUUAGUGCAUCGGACCGAAUUGCAUCUAUUCGUUCUUUCAAACCGAAUCGUUUCAAACUAAAACGUGUCGUAUCGGAGCCCAUGUAUCUAGAUGUGUAUCGACUCGUCUUGAAAGCGAAAGAUGCACAUCCCUAGUCGAUUGGGAUCUAUAGGAGUACAGCGCCAUCUCCCAUCCCUGGAUUGAGGUACGUUUUCUGACCUGUAUCUCACGCGGGCGCUGUCUUGAUCUUGGCAUAGCUCCAUUCCGACUAGAGAGAAGUUAUAAACAUCUAGUCGGAUUCUUAUGGCUACCAAGUUUGGUAGCUAGCAUAUUUAUAAUAAAUCAUCAGUUUUGCCCUUUCAUGCGCAAUUGUUCUAACUUCAUUGUAGCUAGCCGCAAACGCCCUGUAAGCCAUUGAAUUCACAUUCAUUUUGGGGAUGCAAAAAAGUUAAAAGAAUGUCCAUUGCUCCAGGACUGAAAUUCCCUGGCAAAAGGUGAAAAUAGCCCCUCGCACAGUCUAUAGAUCCCUAGCUGCUGGAGAUGGUGAUAUGCACACAAUCUCCUUUUGUGAGGACCGGAGCUCACUCCAGGGGUCAGAUUUCACCAAGAGAAAGACAUUUACUGCAUUCUAUACCCUGGGAGAAACCAUGCUCCAUUUUGAGUUGGUCUUCCCCAGUGCCACAAAUAAUGAUUUGGGGAAUGAAGACAAAUCUUGUUUUCAAUGUGUGUGUGUGUGUAUGUAUAUAUAUAUGUAUAUGUAUAUGUAUAUGUAUAUGUAUAUGUAUGUAUAUAUGUAUGUAUAUGUAUGUGUAUAUUUUUCUUCUUCUUCCAAUUAGCAUAUAUUGUCACUUAAUUUAUUGAUGGUGUGUCAUUGUGCCAUCAUGCACGCUUGUACAGUUGUACUCAACUAACUACUACACCCACACUUGCCUAUCAGUCAAUCAGUGUAACUUGAUUUAUGUAUCAAUCACAUUGCUGACAUAAAUCAUAGAUCAUAUUGUAGGCCGAGUACUGAUCAAUACUUCACCAACCUGUUUCUUUAUAGAUCGGUGAAUGCACGAUAAGAGAACAAACAAGAAACACAGGCCUACACAACAAGUAGUUGGUUAUGUCAGUCUCUGUUUUGGAGGGAAAGCAAUACAUUCUAUAACAAGUUAGUGAAUGUCCAACCCUGGCCUAUUAUGAGCGCAAACAGUGUCCCCCCAUACAAACACUAGCACUGCCUACCAACUGACUCACCAACCCCCUCUGUACCCCCUGUCCUCAGCUCUGGAAGAGGAGCGGAUGCGAGAGCAGGAGCUGUCAGCCAUGUCUGACAGUGACCCCUUUGAGGACGACAGCUUCCCUCUCGACCUGUCUGGAGGUGGUGGGGGCUCGGGCAAGCGGCGUCGGCGUGGCAACCUGCCCAAGGAGGCGGUGCAGGUGCUGCGGAGCUGGCUGUACGAGCACCGCUUCAACGCCUACCCCUCAGAGCAGGAGAAACUCGGCCUGUCAGAUCAGACCAGCCUCUCUGUGCUGCAGGUGAGUUGAACGGGAACAGUCUAGCCUUUUUAAAAUAAACAAUGUACAAAAAAAAUUCCUUGUUCAUUCUUGCUCCCAAAUGCUUGAAUUGAGCCUAAUCAUACAGCAGUCCACAGACAACAUUUUGGCCUACAGUAGCCUUCGCCAGGUGGAAACUUUGAGCUGUGUAGUGGAGCACCAACACAGGGCUGGGUGAUAUGGCCUAAAAAUCAUAUCUCAAUUUUAUUUUCAAACUUAUUGGCGAUUCAAGAUCUCUCUAAAUAAGCAUUGUUGUUUAAAGGUCAAAUACACUGCAUUUCAAGCAGUCAGCAAUAAUCAAAUGUUUUUUGUUGUUGCAAUAAUCACUGAUCUGGCUUUCAGGUCAGUCUAUGAAAAUGCAGUUUUUGUAAAAAAUGUAGUAGAACCAUGCAUAAUGCACAUUCCCUAAUAAUGACUAACUUCUUGUAGCAGGCAUUAGGCUAAAGAAAAUUAUCACAGGUCUCAUCAACGGUCUCUCAAGCCCACGUGCUAGGGAUUAGCCAGCUAAUCUUUAUAUUUCAAGUUUAGCCAACUUGGAUCUAUUUGCUAGCUAACAAGGUUGAACAGUUGAAUUGUUAUGAACACACCCUUCUGUUUGAAAAGCGUGUUAUCCUGUCCACUUUGUUCAGAUGUUGAAAUCAAGUGGGCUUGAAAAAGAAAAGGAAAGCCGCACACUCCAGGAGCUCAGAUGCAAUUUAAUAUCCUAAUAACCAACAUUUCGACAGACAAGCUGUCAAGUGGGCUACCUUAUUUCUCAGAAUGAGAACGAGUUGCCAAUUCCUUAUUGUUUUAUGCUUAUUGCACAUUUAUAAAACAGACUAGGCUGUUAGUAUAACAGUCUUUGGCUAAAAUGCUGCUAGUGGUAAGUGGUAACCCAUUGCCACAUGUGACAAACUGAGCAUUCAUUUUCCAGAAUCAAUGUUCAUUGAUACACUCGUUUUAGUUGUCUGCUUUGUGCUCAAUUUGACUAGUUGAGACAUAAAAAGGGUAUCAUUAGAAACGUUUGCUAUUACAGUAAAAUAAAGUCUCAAUGUGUUUUGGUGUCAAUAUGACCUAUUCUGUUGGACCGAACCUCAACUGCAAUUAGUGAGUUGAAACUGCUUGUCAGAGAGGAAGAUGUGGUUUCAACUUUGUUGGCGUGAGGCAGUGGGAGGGGCUUGGGGUGUGUGUGUAAACCAUAGAGGAAGAGGUGACGCAAGAUGUUUCACUUUCGCUAAAACCUGUCCAAAAUAAAGCCAAUGCGUUUCUAUGGGCUUAUUUUGUACCUAAGCCUGUCGCCUACCUUCCCGCCUUUGGGACAACGACUCCCAUUGUUAGGGCGGAGACGUGCAUCUCGUCAUUAUAUACAGAUCUCUGGUGUAACUGGGAAGGUGCACAGAGGAGCGACGGAGACGAGACCAAAAACAAGCAGACAAACGCUCCUAAAAACGAAAAAGAACAAAACCUCGAUACAGGCAUUUGGAAUGUCGUGCAAAAAUACAAUUUAGAAUGAAUCAAAUGAAUUCUAUAUAUAUCGCCCAGCCCUACACCAACAUAGCCUAUACCCUAGCAAGGUUUGCUUUGAACUAUUCUAACAAACUAUUAGGUCCGGUUUCGGCAUGUUCCCCUCGAUUAGUUUAAAUGUCCUCCAGUCGAAUUGUUCCAGAUAUGCUGAUUAGUGCCUGAUGCAGUGUAAACAGAUGAUCAUAGCAGACACUUGGGCCUAGAUGGAGUCAUGAUUACGUACUCACUCUGUUGAAGAUGGUUGUUUUUCUUAUCAGAUAUUGUGUUCUCUAUUGGCCUCCAUGACCGUUUUAUGUGUGCGGGGAGAUGAACGCCGUAGCACCUAUAGGCCUACUUCAGGCCGGUGCUAAAUGGAGAUCCAUCCCAUGAUAUUUACGUUGUACUUAUCGUCGUACUUCAGCUCUAGGGUGUUUCUCAACAGCUUUAGCAAACGACAGUAUUCAAAUGUCACAUGAGUGCGGUACUACUGUACGGAUGAAUUUGACACCGUCGCCGUAGUCUUCCCUUCUCACCUUGUAGGACACCCAUUUGUUGUUGUUUCCUCUCUCCUCAAAUACUCACGCAUUCACACCCCAGGAGUGGUGACAUGAGGAAUUCCUGGACUGAGCAGAGAGCAAGCAGAGCUGACAAACCUAUAGUGCAGUGGAAUGCCCCUGGUUGGCUGCGCUCUACUUGCUCUGUUGAGCAGCGUUUUCCAGCUGAGACUUCAUUAAUGCCAGCUGCCUUCAUCUCACUGUGUGUGGGAGGUUUUUACCACAAGAUGGAGGUCAACAAGGCCUGGAGGAGUGCAGGAGAAUGAACAUGUGGGCAGAAGUCUCAUUCCAAAAAACUGCUCUCGGACCAGUUUGAGCUCUUCAUUAUAUGCCUCAAUUGAGUUAUGAGUUGAGCUAAUUAUUAUUGUCUUGUAGUUGACUUGGCACACUAAACUAGAAAGUACAAGUGACUUGAGAUUUACACUCGGUGGCCAGUUUUAUUAGGUACACCCAUCUAGUACCGGGUCGGACCCCCCUCCAGAACAGCCUGAAUUUUUAGUGGCAUGGCUUCUACGUGGUGUCGGAAAUGUUCGUUGCUCAAUUGGUAUCAAUGGACCUAACGUGUGCCAGGAAAACGUUCCCCACACCAGUACACCACCACCACCAGCCUGUACCGUUGACACCAGGCAGGAUGGGUCCAUGGACUCAUGCUGCUUACGCCAAAUCCUGACAAUGCCAUCAGCAUGACGCAACAGGAACUGGGAUUUGUCAGACUAGGCAAUGUUUUUCCACUCCUCAAUUGCCCAGUGUUGGUGAUCAUGUCCCCACUGGAGCCACUUCUUCAUGUUUUUAGCUGAUAGGAGUGGAACCUGGUGUGGUCGUCUGAUGCAAUAGCCCGUCCUUGACAAGGAUCGACUAGAGUUGUGCGUUCUGAGAUGCCGUUCUGCAGCGUUAUUUGUCUGUUUGUUGCCCGCCUGUUAGCUUGCACGAUUCUUGCCAUUCUCCUUCAACCUCAUCAAUGAGCUGGUUUAGCCUACAGGACUGCUGCUGAUUGGAUAUUUUUUGUUUGUCACACCAUUCUCGGUAAACCCUAGACAUUGUCGUGCGUGAAAAGCCCAGGAGGGUGGUCGUUUCUGAGAUGCUGGCACCGACUAUCAUACCACGCUCAAAGUCACUCAUUUUGCCAUUCUAACGUUCAAUCGAACAAACAGUAGAUGCCUGUCUGCCUGCUUUCUAUAGCAAGCCACAGCCACGUGACUGACGAUCCAUUUAGGAGCGAUCCAUUUUCGUGAACGAGGUACCUAAUAAACUGUCCAUAUUCUUGUAGUUUGGUUCUUGAGGGAAUCCAUGUUAGGCUUUUGAGAUGCACCCCAGUUUUUUUCGCAGGCGUUGUUAAAGUUACUGACUCCUCUUUUCCAGAUAUGCAACUGGUUCAUCAACGCCCGCCGCCGCCUCCUCCCUGACCUGCUCCGCAAGGACGGCAAAGACCCUACCCAGUUCACCAUCUCCAGGCGGGCAGGGAAGAGCGAGGGCCGCCCAUCCACUGGAGGAUGUGGUGGAGGUAAUUACCCUGAAAGCCCCACCUCCUCAGUCCCCUCUCCAGCCCUGCCCCCUCUCAGGCCCUCUGUCAUCCGGCCAGCCCCCACACUAGACCUCAGCCUCCUGGGAAAUACUGCCACUACCAUCCUUUUGGGAGCUGGCUACCCCGGCCAAGAGGGCUACUGCGUCCAGGCCCUGAUGCAGUUGGACAUGCAGGGUCUCCUGAGGAGGGUGGCUGAGGAGAACAGCUCCAAGGUUAUCAGCGCCAGCCCCACUGGCGGGCUAUUCAACACGCCGCCCCCCACACCUCCAGAGCUGUGCCCCAGCCAGGACUUCAGUGACCUGAGGUUGCUGGUGGAUGCAGCUCUCCAGAGGGCUGCCGAGCACGAGAGUCAGAAGAGGCUGCUUCAGGAGUACCAGAGCAGGGCCGCUACAGAAGCCACAGGUGGCUGCAGCCACAGCAGCAGUGCUAUGGGUCCGACCCCUCCACCGGCGCAGAGCCAAGCUACAAUUGACUCGCCCAAAGAGCAGAGUCCUACGGACAAGGCUGUGGUGUCCCCAGUUUCAGUACUAAUCCCUGUCACAGUCUCCUCUGCACCUAAACUCGCCGUGGCCUCUGUACCGGCUCCAACUGUGCCUCCCCGCCUAGCCCAAAAGCCAGUCCUAGUGCCAGUUUCAACCCCUGUUCCAACCAAACCCCCUGUCCCAGCCCCAAGCCCUGUUCAAACCUUUGCCCCUGCACCAACUUUGUCCUGUGUCCCAACCUUAGUCCCAGCUCCAAGCUCUACCCAAGUCCCAACCCUAACCCCGGCCCCACCUUUAGCCCCAGCACCACCAGCCCUCACCCCAUUCCUGGGCCUGGCCUCCCUCCAGCCCCUGUCCUCCUCCAUCCCCAACAGCAGUGUCCAGAGGGCCCAGUCGGUGCCCAGUGUGUGGAGUGUGGUCCACAGUGACGUUACUGUCCGACAGCCUGUCCCAGUGGUUCAGACUCCCAUGGCCACCAUGUGGGGGUCACAGCACACCCUGCGCGCCGUCAGCGAAACGGUCAAUUAG